AUGCUUCCAUCUGAAGAAGAAAGUGAUACAGUCAGUGUUCCCUUCCUCAGCCUCGAGCACAAUAGGGUGGGAAGGCUUAAAAAGGUGCCCAGAGAGCUUCACAAUAGUCACUGCAUCGGUUCCUCUUAUGGGUGGUUGGUGCUUAUGGAUGAAAACGCAGAUCCUUUUCUCCUAAAUCUCUUCUCACGAGUGCGAAUUCAAUUACCCAACAAAGAAGCUUUACCACACAUACACUGUGUCAAAAAAGUUUCCGGUGACAGGGUUUGUGUGAUAAACAAACCUAAUAAUAUUGAAGAACCUACACUAAUAUCCUUGAGAGAUUUUCACAAGUGCUUGAUUAAGAAGGCUGUUUUAUCCUCAAGCCCAUCUCAAAACAGGAACUACCAGAGCAGUAUUUAUCUACGGCCACCAACAGAAGAUUGCCUUCUUCAGUGCGGUUUGGUUGAAGCUUGGGGCUUCCACGGUUCCUUUCCUGUUCAAACAAUCACUAACCAACCUUCUUAUUCUAUACAAAUGAAACGAGAACCUUGGUACGGAGGUCGUUUAAAUACACGGAACUACUUGGUAGAAACAUCAAGUGAUCUUUUGCUUGUUGUGAGGAUUAUUGAACAGUUUGUUCGUUCUGAUGUUGUACCAGUUUAUGAGGAGGGGGACCUUCAAACUGAUGAAGAUGGCUGCCCUUUGAUUUUACCUUUGAUUUUACCACACAAAACAUUGCAGUUCAGAGUAUAUAAGUUGGAUUUUGGUCACAAUAACCGGGUAGAAGUAGAAUCUUUAGGCAAUUGCGUGUUCUUUUUGGGUGGAAAUCAUUCCAUGUCACUCUCUGCUCAUGAUUUUCCAGAAUUUAAGCCAAAUUCGAUUUACUUCACAGACGAUUGUAGGGAACAAAUGGAUGAGGAUUACUUGUAUGGGGGCCAUGAUAUGGGUAUAUUCAACUUGGAUGAUAAAAGUGUAGAACCAGUCUGCCAUGGUAAUCUGCAGAGAAUUCAACCACCACCCCUUUGGGUUGCUCCUAACCCAUAG